AUGGCGAGACAAAUGGGGCUGAACACCACAAACAGCCUAGAGCUGCUCUCUGUCCCUGAGCAGUCCAUCACCCAAGAGGUGGUGGGCCUCCUGUGCAUGAUCCUACUCACCCUCACUGCCCUGGUGGGCAACGCUGUGGUGAUGAUUGUCAUUCUCAAAACCCCCCUUCUCAGGAAGUGCAUCUUUGUCUGCCACCUCUGCGUUGUCGACCUCCUCUCUGCCAUUUUCCUCAUGCCCCUGGGGAUCAUCUCCAGCUCUUCCUGCUUCAGCAGGGUGAUCUACAGCAUUUCUGAGUGCCAGGCCUUGAUAUUCCUGAAUAUCUGCUUCAUCAGUGCCUCCAUCCUCACCAUCUCCAUUAUCAGUGUGGAGCGGUACUACUACAUUGUUCACCCCUUGAGGUAUGAGGUCAAGAUGACCAUCAGGCUGGCUGUGGCUGGAGUGAUCUUCAUUUGGGUCAAGUCUGUUCUCAUCACUGUCUUGGCACUGGUGGGCUGGCCUCAGGGCAAUGGAGCCACCAGUGCCAGUCGCUGCACAGUCUACUGGAGUCCUGGAGCCCACAAGAAGGUUUUUGUGAUCCUUUUCAGCAUCCUCUGCUUUGUUCUGCCCACCAUCAUCAUCUUUGCUGUCUACUGCAGUGUCUACCGGGUGGCCCGGACGGCAUCCCUACAGCGUGUGCCUGCACCAGCACAGCCAGCUGCACCGAGGCGCCGAUCUGACUCCAUUGCCAGCCAAGUGACCAUCAUCACCACCAGGAACCUGCCACUGCCCAGGCUGACACCAGAAAGCUUUUUGGGAAGCAACAAAGCCAUCCUCACCUUGAUCCUCACUGUGGGACAGUUCUUGUGCUGCUGGCUGCCCUUCUUUGCUUUUCACUUGCACUCCUCUGUUGCCUCUAGCACACUGGGUGGUGGGCAUGGGGAGAUGGUGGUCACCUGGAUUGCCUACUCCUCCUUUGCCAUCAAUCCCUUCUUCUACGGGCUGCUGAACCGCCAGAUACGGGAGGAGCUGGCCCGGCUCCGGCGCAGCUGUGUCAACCGGCCACUGGGCCAGGAGAUCUGUCUUUCCGUCUCGGAAGCUUCUGUCCAGGAAAACUUCUUGCAGUUCCUCCAGAGAGCAACUUGCACACUGGAGACCCAUGCCAACUGCAUCAGCCCCAGCCCUAAGAACAGGCUGGAGCAGACUAAGAUGGACUUCCCCAACCCAGGUCAGGUUCCUGAAGAGAGCAGCUGA